AUGUCUCACUAUCGCAAGGGCAUGUACAUCUCUUACGUCACCAACAGCUUCUCUGAACUCUCAAAGGGCAACGCGGGACCUUAUCAAGAUCUCAUAGGCCAAUUUAAAGCCGGCGCAAACAGUCUGGCGAAUCCUGGCAGCAACAUCAGCAAAUCGGCGACUUCCAUAUCAGCCCUAUCAAGUUGGCUCUCAGCAGUUUCGGCUUUUGCUAGCCAUCUGGAUCGCAGGACGCACAACGAUUUGGUGGAGUCCAUCCUUGCUCUGCCUUGGACAACUACACCCUCACAAGCGUUUGCUGCGUCGUGGAUUAGGUUCGUCUGUGCUCUCGUCAGCGCAAGAAGCGAAUGGACUAAAGCGGUUCUCAAGAAGGCGAUGCAAGGGUUCGGUCUCAGGUCAGAAUGGCGGCCUCCGACAAACCCUACACAGCCACUGCCGCCUCGCAAGCACACCUACUACCACAUUCACCUCUUGCUCCGAUCUCUGCUCUCCUUAAUACCGACCUUGCCAUCGCAAUUGGCACCUUUAUUGGUCAGGAGCUUUCCACACAAGCGAGAAGGCAAGGUUGCGCACCUCGUCUUUGUGUCAAACGCUCUCAAGCUGUGCGAAUAUGCGCCCGAGCUAGCCGAGACUGUCUUGAGUUGCGUAGUUGAUAGGGGCAUGCAGAUUGACGUCGAGAUUCAGCUGGAGCUAGACGAUCUGGAGGACGACGUCGACCCGAACGAAGCCUUCACUGCUCCCAAUGCUUACGACGAUGACCCUUUCAGAUCCGUAAUGGAAGGCACGGCCACUGAUGACGACGACGACUCUGACGAUGAGGACGGUUUGCUUCUAGAAGAUGACGGAUUCUCCGAUCUGUCGGGCAGUGAUGGGGAGGACUCGAGGCUGGACGACGCAGCGGCGCAAGCAAAACGUUUAAAAACAGUUCGGGAGCUGGUCGACAAGCUGGACGCAGUGAUGGGCUGUGUCUUUAGGCAUUUGGAGGAUCGAAAUUCGCACUAUGAAGACCUAGCCAGAGGCGGUGAUGGGAGCGUCUCACGUAUGCAACUGGAUGAGCGCAAAAGCGCUGCGGGCGAGUUGGCAGGGAUAUCUGCGGAUCUAGGCUUGGAUCUGACCAGUCAUGCCCCAUCUCCCGCGAGAGCCGCCGCUCUGCGCUCGAAUCAAUUUCACUUGCUGCUGAGCGUAUUUCAAAGGGCCGUCCUACCAACUUUCAAGUCGCGCUACGUCCAGUUCUUCGUCUUCUGGGCAGCAUCACUGGACCCCGACUUCGCAGACCUGCUUCUCGGAUUCUUGCUGGGCAAAGCCAUCUACGGAGUUGGGGCGGAGCAGCAACUUCUCUCGAAUGGCAGCACGCAACCCAUGACGGGGUCCGAGCCAACCAUCAUGAGGGUAGCUGCCUCCAGCUACGUUGCCAGUCUCGUCAGCCGAGCGAGAUACAUUUCCAUAAGCGACACUCGCGCAGUCAUGCUCAAUCUCUGCUCUUUCCUAGAGGGUCAUCUUGAGCGGACUGGACGAGUACAAGUGCAAGAAGCGUCAGAGGUUCCUUCUGGCGCAAGGAGGCAGCUCGAAGCGGAGCUUUCGGGAGGGGUCAACGGACAGCACGCGCUAUUCUACUCUGUCGCUCAAGCAGCUUUCUAUAUCUUCUGUUUUAGGUGGAGAGACCUUCGAGUGUCUAGCGCAUCGGAAGAUGAAGAGAGUGCAGGAGGACAGGACCUGUCCACAAUUGGCAACGCGAGCUGGCGAUGGUCGGAGGGCUUGCACAUUCUACAAAGAGCCAUCACCUCGCCUCUCAAUCCUUUGGCGCAUUGCUCACCAGAGAUCGUCAGGCAAUUCGCAGCAGUCGCUCAGCACACCGGUCUAUUGUUCUGUUGGAGCAUCAUCGAGAGCAACAACAGGCGGCGAGGCAAGCGCAGAGCUCCAGGGAUGGAGCUGCGAGAUGCAGGAAGCGGGAGCGGUACGCCUAUGAAUCAGUCCGCUCCUGGAACCCCAACUGGCAGCAGACCGGACCAGCUCUCUCGUCAAGCUUCCGGCGCAGACGUCGCGCAAGACGACAGUGACGGCGGUGGGACUCCCAGGCAAGGCAUGGGAGGCUAUGCUCCACAAACGCUCGACGUAUUCUUCCCAUUCGAUCCUUACCGGCUCAAGCACAGCUCCAGAUGGAUAGAUCCGCUGUACAGAGAAUGGUCUGAUGUUGCACCGGAGGGAAUGGAACCGGAUCAGGAAGAGGGCGAGGCUGAGAGCGGCACGGAAGCUGAGAACGAGGCAGACGAAGAUCAAUCGUCGCUAGCUCAAAGUCUGGAUCCUGAGCAAGGAGCCUUGCCCGCUUCCUUUACCACCUCCAGGAGCGCUGACACGACCCACUCGCAGUCCUCGGCCUCGGACUCGCCAUCUGUGGAAGAAGGCGACACGGGCAACGAAUCCUCCGUGCAGCUGCUCAAUACUCCUCAAGAUUUCUUGGGACCUUCUGCAACAUUAGACAUUCCUCGGCAGGGCAAGACGCAAGGCGCAACAGAAGAUAGCGAGGGCUUCAGUCGAUCUUUGGAGGUCAUGAGCAUCAGCCGAUGA